AUGCAGUUAACCGAAGGCCAAUUUGACAAUAAUUGUCCAUUCUCUGAAGCUCCACUGGCGCUAUCGGUUCUAACAACAGGCAUUUCCAUUAUCCUGUCUUUCGUAAGUAUUCUUGGGAAUAUCCUUAUAAUUCUAGCUGUUGCGUUAGAUCCGAACAAGAAUCUUCGAACGCCGUUUAAUUGGUUAAUUGUAAAUUUGGCAGCGGCUGAUCUAAUUGCUGGAGUCAUCACAGACCCUCUCUCGGCGAGUAUUCAUUUCAAACUUUGCCUUGGCAAGAAAAUUACUGGUGCGGAAGUGAAUGUGCUUAAUAUGAGUUACUUCAUUUCAUGUACGGCUUCAUCUCUAAGCAUUGCAAGUUUGACUGUUGAGCGAUACCUGGCAGUGAGAAAGCCUACCACAUACCGUAACAAAAUAACUAAUAAACGAAUUGUAUUCACCGUCGCUGUAAUUUGGUUGAUCUCUUUGACUUUACCAAAUACAUAUUUUGAAGUUGGAUACAUUCUAUACUCAUUCGUCUUCGCUAACGCAUCGGUCGUUUUGGCAAUUCCAGUAACGUGUUUGACAUAG